AUGGAGGUCGUGUACGAAGACAUCGGCGAAGAGAACACUCAGUGCCCUAAUCAUCCCUACAAAAACAGUAGCCCAGGUGGGAUCUGCGCCUUUUGUCUCCAAGAAAAGCUCGGCAAGCUUGUUUCCUCUCCACCCUUUUUCCCCUUGUCCCCCAAUCCUCCCAGAUCCGCCGCCGUCAGCGGCGGCGCCUCCGCCCCCCGCCUCCCUUCCUCUGACUCCGCCACCCAAAACAGGGCCGCCGGAUUAGAAAACAGCGGGCCCUGCUCGAGAAAACCGCGGUUGCCCUUUCUGCUGACGGCCCACAAGAAAAAUAGCAUCAAAGAUUCAGAUUCAGCGCCUAUCGUCUUCAAUAGAAGCAAAUCCACGGCCACCCCAAGAAGAAGAAGUGACGGAAAUUGCUCCGGCGAGGGUUACACUUACAGCCCGAGCAGCAGAAGGGGUUUUUGGUCAUUUCUCCACCUGUCCAAGAAUUCUGCUGUUAAGAAAGGUAAUGGGCAGUUCAAAGGUUCCGACUUUAUCGACAUAGACGAACGGGAAGAGGAUGAUAUCGUGGCUGUCGAUCAAAGUCAUCAAGAGAGUCCUUGUAAUUUCUCGAGGUCGAGAUCGGUCGGGUGUGGGAGUAGGAGUUUCUCGGGCUUUGGCGAUUGUACUCUCAGAAGGGUUGAGUCCCAAAGGGAAGGAGGCUGUGGAAAUAAGCUUAAGGUACAACCGGAUCGAAAUGUACGAAAUAAUGGUGAUGAUUGUGGUGGACAAGAUUGUAUUAAGGAGAGAGUUAAAUGUGGUGGUAUAUUUGGUGGUUUUAUGGUAGCUAGUUCAGUUGAGGAGAGUAAUGUGAAUCAUGGUAUUAUGAGAAGUAAAAGUUGGGUGUGGGCAUUUGCAAGUCCAAUGCGAGCUUUUGGGAAGCAUACCAAUGGUAAAAGGGAUGCUAAUGUUAAUAGUUAUGUUAAUGGCAGUAAUUCGUUGAAUAAGAAUCGCGUGACGACUCCUAAUUUAGCUGCUAUACCUUCUCUGUUGGCUGUCGGGGUCUGA